ACCCAAAAAAAAAGGGGUAGUCCUAGAGUUAAUUAGAUCUGGCCAGUGGCCAGGUAAGCGGAACGCGUCUCAUAUCUGCCUCUCUGAGACUCAGGUGUACGCCAUAUGGCCACACGGCGUAUGAUUCAUAUACGUACGUAUACGUAUACGUGAUUUCUGUCCACGGAACGAGAAGGAACGAGAAACGAGGCUAAUUAUGCGGCUGUUUCAGUUCGUUUUUCGUUCGUUUUGGUUUUCAUUUCGAAUCUUUUUUUUAGUUUCGCCCGCUAACUGUCGUCUCAUUAAUUUAAUGGACGUGGAAUGUGUCGCAUUUACUUGGUCGGCACCAAAAAACCGAAUACGAAAAUGAUUUGGCAAGUGUGCCCCAGGGCCUGCCCUAAUAAUUUUCUAUAGGGUAUUCCGGUUGGGGUUUGGUCGGUUUUUAUGCGCAGUUUGUGGCCAGCAAAGCAGUGCUCUAUAAUUCUAGGAUUCUCGGUUCUAUGAUUUGGUUUCCCGAAUAAUUCUAAAGGAAAAGAGAUCCAGAAAAAGGCAAUUGUUGGAUUGAAAGAUCCCUUUAAGAUUUGACAAUUUCUUGGAAUUAGAAAACUCUGCCCAAAGAUUCGUUGAACAAAUGUAGUUCCCAGGAAUUUAUUUGUUGGGCAAAUGAGUUCCUGGAAUACAGAGCAAGAGCAUUCCGAGAGUCAUUCGGAAAACUGUGCGACAAUUUCCGUACGAGUGUUUUCCCAAUUUCACAAUCCAAGGAAAGACAUACAUACAUAUGUACAUAGGCUGUUGUACACUUGUUCUUUUUCUUCUUUUCGUGGAUUUCCCAAUGAGCUGUGCGCUGUGUGCGUUUCCUGUCGCGUGGCUCUCUGGGGACGCGACUCUCUGGGUGAUUUAUCUGUCGGCUGUAAGGGGGGCUUCCCUCUCCACUUCCGCAACAGCUCGGAUUCUGGCCUAAAUAUUAUAUUUGUGGCCAGAUUCCCAUUGCCGUUCUCAUAGUCGUAUUUAUUUGUUUUGCGGCUUGUUUGCGGCGACGACUGGCGACGCCUGUUGCAUCUGUCGGCUGGAGUUGAUCUCAAGAGGAAGUACAGGGUGUUACAGUGCCAGCUCCAUAAGAUCCCCCAACAAUGGAAAGAUUUCCACACUAGUUGGGCUUAUGGCUGUGAAACGCACUGUACACUGAUCCCCUUGUCAGACGUGUGCCAUCAAUGAUGGAACUCUGAAGUUUUUAUUCGUUCAGACAUCACUGAAAUGAUAAACAAACUCCUUCCCCUUUCAGCCCUUUGGGUCACAACAUUUUUAGAACAAAGAGAGGGAGAGAGAGAGAGACAGAGAGAGAGAGAGAGCGCUGUCGUUUGGGGGGGGAUAUAUCGAAACAUCUGUUUGGAUCGGGCAACAAAUCUCGUCCGAGCGUGAGCAAAGUUCUCUGGCCAGCCGCAGAAAAUGUGAAAAAUCUCUUACCGUUUCGUUUGUUUCUCUGGCGAAUUUUCCCAAGCAGCUUUUCCGCUGCUGCGUUCAGUUCAAGUUGUGUUGCCGUUGACGUUGCUGUUGCCGUUGCUGCCUCUGACGCUUCCCCCGAUAGAGAUUUUUGUAUUAUUGUCCGCGCGUUCCGCGUCUCGCGUUCCGUGUUCCGUGUUCGUGCUCGUGUGUUCGAAACUCUAUGAAUAUGUAAUAAUGGAAGAGAUCAAAGAAACCUCCAAGAGGAAAAUCAGACCCCCACACACACACACAUGAGAAAACAAAAGAAAUGGGAGCCGCAGCCGGGAGCCGGGAGCCGACACACCUGAUACACAAACUCCAUAUUACGCAUACGCCGCGUGCACCUGCCAAUUGCGUAAUUUUCGUUGAGCGGAUCAUCAGCCUCUGCACUCCUCUCUCACGCCUCUCUCCCUCCUGCUCUCAAAUCGUGAGAGGGUCUUUUUGGGGUCAUCUUGCAAUUGUUAAAAAUAAAAAUCACAUAAAUUUAGACACACAAUUUUUACAAGAGUCGAAAAAUACUCAAAAACGAAAGUGUUUUCCUUUCCACCCCUCUCGUUUGUUGUGUGUGUGUGUGUGUGGGUGUGUGUGCGGCUGAAUGAAGCUAAAAAUACGGAAAAACAAAAUGUGAAUACAGUUAAUAGUGCCUAUGAAGGAUAGCCGUAGAAAAGUUGCAAAUAUUUGAACAAAAAAGGGUUUAAAAAUGUAUUUUAUACAUUUUUUUAGACUCUAUAGACUCUAAGGAUGCAGUAUUGAAAUGAAAUAUUCAUCGGCAUAUCCUUCUUAGGCACUUUCGACUGUAAAAUACGCGUAUAAUCAAAGAGAAAAAAAAUGAAACAAUAAAUGUUUGAAUUCAGCUUUCGGGCAUUUCGCACGAACGAUAGAACUAUCAAAAACGGUUUCAAGAUAUGUAUUUUUAGCCACCGUUAUAAGAAUAAAACAUAUCGUGUGUGAAUAUAUAUAUAUACAUAUGUACAUUUAUCGUAUAUAGUGCCAUAUAUACAUACAUAUGUGCGUGAGUGUAUCCAUGUGUCCGAUAUAGAUGGCACCUUGAACAAACAGUUUAGAACCGCAAUGUGUUCUGGCAACGAAAGUGCGUAAGGGAGAGUGAUGGCCACGCCCACUGCCUCGUUGGCGGCUCCUGGAGCUGCACCGCUGCCCCACGAGCUGACGGCCGAGUGGACAGUGCGUGCCCAUCUCACGUUUGCCCGUGCCGGAGAGGCGGUGCACAAGGAGUGCGGUGCAGGGCCAGUGCAUCCAGUGCAUCCAGUGCAUCCAGUGCAUCCAGUGCGUGUGGUCUACAAGUGGUGCACGCCCUCCGAUGAACCCGAAACAGAGCAGGAUGUCGACAAGACAGCCAACACGAUGGGGAUGGGGACCAGCUUCCGGUCCACCAACUCCUCGGCCACCACCACCAAUGCGGACUCGGCCUUCGGCAGUCCCCAGGCGUCACGGGCCCUCCCUGCGGGGACAUCCGCUCCAGGCGCCACAGCUCAAGUGUGCGGAACGCGCUGUCGGAGCACCUGCAACAUCAUGGUUUCCGCUGUGGCGGAUUUCCUGCCGCAGGAAGCGGCCGCAGGACCGAACGAGCCCUUCGUCUACCACAACAAGGUGCGGGCCCAGCAGCUGCGCGAUGCCUUCUCGCAGACCAGCGACCACGAGGAGCCGCAAUUGGUGGAGCCGCAACAGCGUCGACGUACCGCCUACGAGCAGCGUCGGGCCACCACCGAGGCCCUCAUGAACUUUGCCACCAGGCGGCAGGCAGAGGAGGCGAACACCUAUGUGCCAACCUACUCGCCCACGCCCACGCCCACCACGCCCUCGUCCACAUUCAAGUCGGCCUCGAUGCCUAGGAUACCGCCUCUUGGGGGACAUCAUGGGGGAGGAGGAACCUCACCGCGGGUGCCCCCCAACCUGGGGGAGAAGAAGCCCCGCACCGUCCACAUCGAUGUGUAUUGCACUGGCUCCGAGGGGGAUGAGGAGGCGGACGACGAGCAGCAGGCAGAUGUGGAGGUCUCCUCCAGCUCCAGCUCAGACUCGGAUCUGGCCGGGAGCAAGCGCUACGACCUGGACUCCAAUUCCACUCCCCAAACGGUGUUGGACAACGAGCAGAUGCUGCUGCGCCAUCAGCGGAUCUCUGGCGGAGCAUUGCCGCGUCGCUUGGGCCAUCAGAAGGAACAAAGGGAGCAAAAGGAGCCGAAGGACACACACCAGAUGAGCCUGGGCCACGCCAUCACCAAAUGCAGCACCGCCGAGGAGGUGACCGAAUCGAAGCAGCUGCUCUUCCGCAAACACAUCGGCGACCAGCGGGCAGCCAAGCUGGCGAAUCUGCGCCAGAAGUACAUGCGGCAGCCGAGCGACGACACCAUCAGCAGCACCUACCCGAACUCCUCGCACUCGACCAUGCCCCGGGAUGCCACCUGCAGCAGCAUCUCCAGCGUGGCAGCGGGCACCGACUGCGUGGACUCCUCGUGGAAGGAAACGGACGAGCCGGAUAACCCGUUGGCAGACUUUGGGCUGACCAAAUCGGAUAGCUUUGACUACGAGAACUCGCUGGAUCGCCUGCGCAUCAGCCAGAUGGAGAGGCUCUGGUCGCGCCAGCACUCCUUCGAUCAGCCCCAGACUACAGCCCCCACCUUGCCACUGUCGCAUCCACAUCAGCAUCAGCACCAGCACCAGCAUCAACACCAACACCAGCAGCAUUUGCAGACCAUCAAAGAAGUGCAGUCGCAGCGCAGCUCCUUCCAGCGGAGCGACACGAUCCCCUCCGAAUCGGAUGGCUUCUCCGACACGAAUGUGUUCAACACCUACCCGGGCCGGCAGAUAUCGCAAAUGCAGCAGCGCAAUCGCCCCGGUUUCCUGCAGUUCUUUGGGCCCUCCAUCCAUCCGAAUCCUGGCCAGCCAACGCCGCCAGUCACGGCUCCUGUCCAGCCCGCCUCUGCAGCCAGUGCGGAUCCGUUUCGACUGCUCCAUCCGAGCUACCGCUGGAAGAGCGAGGCCCGCGACAAUCUGAGCGCGCAGGGGGCCUCUGGAUCGCCCUCGUCGGAGCGCAGUUCCCCGCAGCUGCUUUCGGCGGCCACCACUGUGCUGCGCUGUGGCAGCGAGGCCCCGCCCAGCACCACUUCGGCCAGCACAUUCGGCACAACGGUCGUGACGCCCUCCCCCCUGCCAGGGCGACGCUUUGAGAUCUCCCGCGACAGCCCGAGCGUGGCCAGCGAGGCCUCCAUCGCCACCGUGUCGGGCUACACCCACGAGCACCUGGAGAAGACACGGCGCUUCGGCAAUGUUGUGGCCAUGCGCAAGCCCGGCCACCAUGUGGGACCCACCAAGAACCCCAACUGCCAGUGCGAGAGCUGCCAGCGAUGGCUGGCCGAACGCUUCCAGUUGCGUGGCAGAGCCUUCUCUCUGGGCGAGCGACCAGUGCUAAGGAGGCCGCAGUAACAGUAGAGUAGUAGAGUAGAGGCCUCUGGAAGAAGGAUUGCACAUACUUACAUAUGUGUGCUUUAGUUUCCCUUAAUUAAUGCCCCUGGCAGCCGUCGAUUCGAAUCCCUACAAAGUAGAGGUCUGCAUGAAUGGCAAGAAACCUGCAUUCGAAAUUUAAGCGAAACAGGCAUGAAUGGAAUAAGUGAGAAUGAGGGAGGUGUUUGAGUCAGACACUCGCUCGCACUUGUUUAAUUGUGUGCCUUUCGCACUAAAUCCACUCUUUUGCUCUAUCGCAAAAGUACUUCAAAUCGAGUCUCUUAAAUUAUAUCAUAAGAGGCUCUCUAAGGACCUUUCACUGCCACAAGCUGAGCUCGGUUUUCGGAUCGAUUUCGAUAUUUUCAUAUUUAGCAUGACUUCCAUAUGCCAUAUUUAUUUCACGAUAUUGGUCCACUGGGUCGGGUCAGUGCAGUUUAUUGCACUUUUGUACUUUGAAGCCACGCAGAUUUCUAAUUUAAAGCUUUCCUUCUCUUGCAUUUAACACUCUUCACCGCUCCCGCUCCCUAUUAACCCGCAAAGAUCCUGGACACACACUGGAUUGAAUUUUUUUCGAUUAGGUUUAACGCAAACGCGAAUGUUCCUCACACAAGAAUACACACAGAUUGUGCGCUGAAUCAGUUUAAUGUUUAAUGUUGUAAUAAAGUCAUCAAAUAGUCUGUAAAAAAGAAAGUAGUG